GGGAGGGGGAAAGUAGGAGAACGAACCGUCAUCUGAGAGAGAGUCAGUCAGAAGAACCGGCGGCUGAGGGACGGAGCUUCCCUGUGUGUCUCACCUUGUAUUGCAGCCGCUGGACAGCAUCUCUAUCCUGCUGAGAGGAGAUACCCUUCGGUGCGCAUCUCUAAUAACUUGUCCUGUUCCCGGCUACAACUUGGGCUCUCCAGGAUCUCUGCGGACUUUUGUUGGUGUUGUACCUCCUGCCAUUGGGCUUCUGGGUGACAGUGGUUACAGCUCUGGUUUCUGGGGAACCUGUGGCGUAGCGUUGGAAUUGCUGCCAGGUGAUCAUAUCUGGACACGGGAGCCACAGGUGCCCCGUUACUACGCUCAGCCUUGCCUGGGAGUGAACUGAUAGCGAGCUGGGAUUGUCGGGGCAUGGCGAGGAUUCUACUGGCCGUGUGCGUGCUAUGUGCGGCCACCCUGAGGACAGGUUUUGGACAACGUAUAGUCAAUGCAAUUUAUGGAGAAACUAUUGUUAUGCCAUGUGGGUUGGACAUAGUUGACAAUCUUCUUUUUGGAAAAUGGAAAUAUGAAAAAGGUGAUGGGCCUAUAGAGUUUGUAGCAUCUCGGUCUGCACUGAAAAAGCAGUAUAAAUAUGAUGAUGUUCCAGAAUACAAUGGGCGGCUGAAUUUGACAGAGAAUUAUACUUUGACCAUCUCCGAUGCAAGAAUCCGUGAUGAGAAGAAAUUUGUUUGCAUGCUUAUAACAGAUGACAACGUUUUUGAAGCACAAACCUUAAUUAAAGUGUUCAAGCCACCUUCCAAACCUGAAAUUAUAAAUCAGCCAAAAUUCAUGGAAGUAGGAAAGCUAAACAAGGUCGGAGAAUGUGUUUCAAAAGAAAGCUACCCAGAUGGUAACCUAACAUGGUACAGAAAUGGCCAGGUCAUUUUACCCAUUGAGGGAGCCGUGUCCAUAGAGUGGGAAAAAGAGAAGAAUUCUACUAGUGGCCUUUACAGUAUGUCAUCAUCACUUGAAUAUGUAGCAACAAAAGAAGACAUAAACUCUCAACUGACCUGUUUAGUAACGUAUUCUAUGCCAGAAGGGCAAUUAUCAGCUAUAUCAGAUCCUGCGGUCUUUGAGAUUUACUACCCUACAGAGAAGGUGACAAUUAAAGUACAACCAGCAACAAAAACAAUAAAGGAAGGUGAUAAUGUCACUUUGAAAUGUAUAGGAAAUGGGAAUCCACCUCCACAAGAAUUUUUGUUUUACCCUCCAGGUGAAGAAGAAGGGAUAAUUAGUUCAGGCACUUACCAAAUAACAGACAUAAAACGGAAUGCAACAGGGGAAUACAAAUGCUCUUUACCAAAUAAAAAUAUGAUGGCUUCUGCAACACUCACUGUACAUUAUUUGGAUUUGUCGUUAUCACCCAGUGGGGAGGUCACAAAACAGAUUGGAGAAGCUCUGAAUUUGUCAUGUAUUCCAUAUGCUAGCAAAGAUGUUACUAUCAUUUGGUUCAAAGAUAGCAAGAGCAAAGCAUCUUUGCAGACCUCAUUUAAGAGCUUGAAAUAUACAGAUUCUGGGGUUUAUGAUUGUGAAAGUUUCCUUUUGGAAGAUGGAAGUCUUCGGAAAAAAAAGACUGUCAAACUGACAGUUGAAGGUAUUCCACGGCUUAAACUUUCAAAAAGAACUAAUCCUGAUGGAAAGACAAAAACAGUGACUUGUGAUGUUGAAGGUGUUCCAAAACCUGAAGUGAGGUGGAGCAGCUUGAGCAAUGGGCUGUAUAUAAAUAUUACAGAAGAGACACCUUUUACAAAUGGGAAGUUUUCAAGCAAAAUUAUAAUUUCACCAGAUGAUAAUAUCACAGUUUCCUGUUUUGCCGAAAACAGACUUGGAAAAGUAGCUCAUUCUUUAAAUGUCUCGGCUAUCAGCUUUCCAGAGCAAGAUGAACCUAAUGACAAAAGUGAUGACAGCAGUGACCAUGCAAAACUUAUUGUAGGAAUUGUUGUUGGCCUUUUACUGGCAGCUCUUGUUGCAGGAAUAGCAUAUUGGAUAUACAUGAAGAAAAACUCAGGAACAAAACAUGUAGGGAAGGAACUUGGUAACACUGAAGAAAACAAGAAGUUGGAAGAAAACAAUCACAAAUCAGAAGCAUAGGAAUUGUAUAUAACACAAUACUCAAGGGAAAACACAAUGACUGGUUUGGAGCAUGAAUGUGGAUUGUAAUUAUGGAAUAUUCAAAGAACCUACAACUAUUCAUGGUUCCCAUAUUACACAAUUGUUACAGGAUUAUAAGGAAUCCUAUCUAAAAGGAUACAAAAAAACUGUUAAAAAACAGCCAUGAUGAUGAUAACUUACCAUGUUGUGUUUAUUUUAUUUUUUUAUGUAAAUGUCUGCACUGAAAGUUUAUUUCGUUUGCCUUUUAUGUAAAUUUUUUUACGUAGCUAUUUUUAUACACUGUAAGGCUUUGUUCUGGGAGUUGCUGUUAAUCAGAUGUAAAGUGUAAUGUUAUUAUUUUUUAUGACACAGAUGCAUAUUUACAUUUCUAAAACUGGUUACUAUCAUUUAACCUUGCAAAGCAGAUGAAACAAAAUGUAACUUAAUGGUUUCACAAUUAUUUAAAUUAUUAUUUUCAGUAUACAUUUUUGACAAUAUAAUACCCAAUUAAUCAGCAUUUGGUAAAUCAGCUAAUUGUAAGCGGGUUUAUAUACAGUGUGAAAAUAAUAUGGAAUUACCCUCCCUGGUUUUCUCAAGACAGGCAAUAUUUUAUCAUGAAAAUAGUUUACUUAAUAGGUGAUAAAAGACCACAUCUCCUAUUUCCAUGAUGUAUGAAUGACUGGAAUUUCAAUUUUGUUUUCUAAUCCACUGCCUUACAAUUUAACUUUAUGAUUUUUGUUUUUUAAGAAAAUAUACUUUGCAACAAUACAUGAUAGAACUACUUACAGUGAGAAUUAGAAGCUGUAUUUCCCAUGCAGUUUACAGAAAGUUAUUAAAGGACUGUAUCUUGUUUGUAACAAAUACCUUACAUGCUAAAACAUUUCUUAUAGUUUUACAUAUUUAAUUAUAAUUUCCUUAUUCUUUAAGUAAAUAUUAUCAUUAUGAAAUAUUUUCAUGCCAUUAUCACAUAGUCAGGCUUUAGCUUUAAAAUUGUCAGUGUAUUGGAAAAUUUUUGUUCUGUCCGCAAACAAAAAAUGCAACUUUUCUUGUUUUUUGUUGUUGUUUUUUCCCCCUAUAGGAUGUUCACAUUUUAGAUUCUGCUUUCCAAUCUUUUUUUGUUGUGUUUUUUUUUUUUUUUUACAUUUUCAACCUUUAAUUGCUGCUUUAAAUAUUGAUGCACUAAGCAGCUCCUGACUGUUCUUCAAGUAUAUGAUUAUCAACACAAUCUGCUUGCAACAGAGCAGGUUAUAAUGUUAUAAACAUCAAACAAUUGAACUAAAUCGACAUCACGUUAAUUGUGCAUAUUUCUGAAGCUCCAAAAGCGUUAAAAAAACUUUAAUCUUCUUUCUUUACUUGUAUUAACCACUACAGAUACACAGUGCACCUUCAUAUACUGUUUUAAUUGGUACAUAAUUUAUCAACCAUUAUCGAAACAAUAAAAAAGUAUUUUGUUUGGUA